UACUCGAAAAGUGUACACGAAUUUAUUUUUAAAAGUAUAAAAGAGCAAACGAGAGCGGAAAAAAUACAUCUUAAAUAGCUUUACCAUAUUAAGAUUUUGGUUAACAAUAUUCUCUCAAAUUGUGUCAUUUUUGAAUAUCAAAAUUACCUAGUUUUCGAACAUUGUGUUUCAAACAGUUGACAGAUAACAGCUGAUUAUUGAACAAACACAUUUUGAAAACAUGAAUUUUAUCCAUAUUAGGCAGCGCAACUUUUUUAUUUAAAGCGGCAGCAUUUUAUUUUACAUUGAAAAUAAAACAUACUAAAUUUAUAAAAGGUAUAAAUUUAAAUUAUCUUAGUUAUGGAUAAAAGCGCGAAAAGUAAAAGAGAGGCGAGGGAGGAAAAGCAAAAGGACUUAAAAUUUGAAGAACAGAUUUUAAAAUCAUUAGAAGAAACUACAACAUCUGAGCAAAAAUUUGAGCUGUUGUUAAAAAAGUAUAUAGAAUCGGACCGCGAAAGCCGGCGUAUCAAGCAGGAUUUGAAAGAAAAAACAAGAAACUUAGAAGUAGUGCAACGGGAAAAAGAAAAUCUUCAACGAGAGCACAACAAAAAUGUCCUUAUGAAAGACAAAUUACAAGAAGUUUGCAGAGAGCAGCAAAAAUUAAUUAAAUCAGUUAAAAAUGAAAGUUUACAAAAAAUACGUGAUGAAGAGGAACGACGUAAGGAAACACAAUUAAAAUUUCAAUCUUCUCUGAACGAAAUAACACAAUCACUUUCAAAAAAUAAUGAAGAGAAUCUGAAGUUAAGAGAUCAUAAUGUCGAAAUGACACAGAAACUAAAAUUUUUGGCUGAUCAAUAUCGCACACGAGAGUUACAAAUGGAGAAAUUAAACGAGCAGGUACAACUAGAAUCUCAAUUACAUCAAGCAAAACUUAAUAAAGUUGAAGUAGCAUCAGCUAUGGAAAAGGAAAUAUUAAUCAAAGAAAAACAAAUUGCUUUAGAAAAACUACUUCAAACGCAAACAGCUUUGAAGGAACUAGCAGAACGAGAAACUGCGUUAAAAGAACAACUAAAUCUAUAUACUGCCAAAUAUGAUGACUUCCAAAGUUCCUUAAAAAAAUCCAAUGAUGUUUUUACAACCUACAAAAUAGAAUUAGAAAAGAUGUCCAAGAAUACCAAAAAACUGGAAAAAGAAUCAUUGGAAUGGAAACAUAAAUGGGAAAAGAGUAACGCUACACUCAUUGAGCUUGCUACUGAAAAGCAAGAGCGUGAUGAUCAUGCUAAACGUUGUAAUAAACAAGUGGAACAACUACAAAAACUAUUACGUGCACUACAGCACGAACGAACCCACCUUUAUAAUUCUUUACGAGAUAAUAAUAUUGAAUUACCAGUACUACCGCCACUACCACUAGAACCGGCACCGAUACAGACAACGCCAAUAACUAGUGUAACUGAUAAGGACAAAAUGGAAGUAAUGACAAAAUAUUGUGAUGAAUUGAAACAAACGCUGGCUAGCUUACAGAAUCAAAUUAAAGAAAUUAACAUACAAAAGAGUGCCGAGGAAUCUAAAUUGCAACUACUAAGUGAAGCACAUACCAAACAACAGAAGCAGCCUAAUGAUGAGUCCAAAAAAAGCAAGAGCAAAAAGAAAAGCAAAGCAAAAAAGAAGAAAGCUAUUGAGAAAGAAUCAACACCUGAUUCUGUUUCGUCUUUAAACAAAAAUGCAAAUGAGGACGAUGAUGAUUUAGUUAACGUUGGUGAUGAAAAUGAUGAUGAUGAUAUUGCAGCUGAAGUUAAACGUAUGCAGUUAAAUGCAAAAGAAAUUAUGGAUUCAGCAAUUGAUGCAGCAGUCGCUUCAAUGACAGACGCUUUAGUUGCAAAUGUGGAAAAAAUUAUUCUUAGCGAUGAUAACCUUCAGAUUGUCGAUGAGACCUUGCUGCAAAACUGUGAAGCCGAGAACAGUAAUACUGAAGAAACUGCCACUAAUUUUAUUGCAGACACAGUGCCAAAUUAAUAUAGCAUUUUCUAUUCGAAAAAUACAUAAUCAUAUACAACACA